AUGCCCGUCCCACCCCCACAAGGCAUCUCCACCCCGAUGGCACUGUUCAUCUCGGCGAAUCUCCGUGCCCGUGGACUGGGGUUCGCCCGGGACCGUGGGCAUGGUCGGAUUCUGGUUCUGGUUCUUCGCUUGGCGUCCAUUCCUCGGGCUUCGCGCAUGCAAGGUUGGGGGAAUAAUGGUCUCGCUGGAGGUUCCCUACCACUCACCAGCACUGUCAUCUCCGUCUGGCAGCAAUCUCAGUCAGCGGAGGGCUCAAAUGACCCUGCAAACGGCGUCCAACCUCCCAGCAUUGCAAUCGCGGUCGUUCAAGAUGCGAGAUACGAACGUAAAGGCCACAGAUCAGGAGCCCGUCUUUGCGUAGCGUGGUAUGCCGCGAAGGGACGUCUGCUGAUGUGUGGUCGUAUACGCCCAGCCGCCAUGCAUGGACGAGGCGAGUCUCGCUCUGCACAGGUCGAAGGCGAUCGCGACCCUAGACAUACCACGCCCACGGCGGACGUCUCCCGUCAGCCCAGGCGAGAGUCGCAUCUGUUUAAGGUGCAGAAGCCAAAGGCAGCGUCUUCGCGGCACACCCAGCAGCCGCUGGCAUGCGAGGAAGACUCGGAAGCGUGUCUUACUCUACCGUCUAUAGAGAUCCACCGCGACUAG